GGUGUCGCAUUUAGGGCUCGGAACGGAAUCGUCGGAGGAAUCCCAAGCGAAGCGAAAGCUCUCUCAGCUCGUCGUCGGCGCCGGUGAUCCGCCGUGAGAUCGGCAACGAUGUCGUCGUGGCUCCGGAACGCCAUGAACAAGGCCGUCGAGGCGGGUGGGAAGAACAAUCUCACCCGCACCGUUCGUAGCUACGCCGACACUGUCGUCCACCACGCCGGCCAGGCCAUGGCCGAAGGCGCCAAGAUCCUCCAGGACCGAAUGGGCAUCCGAAACUAUAAAAGCUUUAAGCAGACAGUUAGAAGAUUGGAAGAAGCUUCUGUCUCGUUCAGAGGUGUAGAGAGAAGUCAGCUGCUGAGAAGAUGGUUAGUUGCUCUUAAAGAUAUAGAAAGAAUGUCUGCAGAUUCUGCUGUCUCUGAGCAAUCUCAAUCCUCAGAUGAGCCUGACUCUCCUAGAAAUAUUUCUACGGUGCUAUUCUUUGAUUCAGAUAUGGAAGGCGAGCCCAUGAACUUCCGUGAUGUUUUUCUUUAUAGUCAAGCUCUUGAAGGAAUAACAAUAUCCAUGAUUCUGGAGGCACCAAAUGAGGAAGAGGUUUCUUUGCUUUUGGAGAUAUUUGGACUUUGUAUUACAGGGGGGAAGGAAGUCCAUAAUGCCAUUGUUAGCAGUAUUCAAGACUUGGCAAAGGCAUUCUCAACUUAUCAGGAUGAAGUAUUGGUAAAGCGAGAAGAGCUACUUCAAUUUGCACAGAGUGCCAUUACUGGACUGAAAGUAAAUGCUGAUGUAUCACGAAUAGAUGCUGAAGCCUCAAAACUGCUGCAAAAGAUCAACAAAGUAAAAGUGUUGCAAGUUCCAUUAGAUGAAGAUGAUAAUGAAAAAACUGGAAAAGCAUCCCUGCCAUCAGUGGAGGUAUUCUUGUUGUUAAUAAUUUCCUUUGUUGUGCCCGUGAACUUGUUGGGUAAGACUAAGUGCUUGAAUAUGGGUAUGCUUUAUGUGAAUAUGCAUAAUUUUUUCUUUUGCAGAGCACGACAAGCACUCUUUAACAUUGUGUUUAAUGUGUCUAACAAUUGUUUAUUCAAUAUUUUGUAAUUUUAAUUGUAUUUU